CGCAGGCGGGCGCCCCAGGAGCCCACGUCCCUUUCCGCCUGCAGCUUGUACGCCGGGCUCCCCUUCCCGAAGACUUUCGACCGGCCGGCCGUUUAGCCAGGCUCGCGCAGGGCGCUGACCUACUUUGCCUGGGUCUUGGCUCUUGCGGGGGGAGGAGGAUGUCCUGGAAAUGUUUAAUUCCCCCCGCAUCGCAAUCUGCCUCCAAUCUGAGCUCCACAACUCUUCGCCUACGUGCAAGAAAGAUUUCUAAAUGCGCCUGAACGCGAGGCGGCUGGAAUGAUCUCAAAGGAGAAUGAUUAAAGCAAAAAAAAAAUAUCGAGGCGGGAGCCACAUGGCAGGUGCUGCAUGGAAGCUCCUGCAAACACUUUGUGAGGGAGACGAUGCUAAAAACAGCACCAGGCGGGCGGAGCAUCUGCAAAGUGCCGGAGGAGCAGCGCGCCGCGCCGCCUGCAACUGGGGUUCGAAUGAAGGUCACAGCCUGGCUGGUUAGAGCCGUUUUACCUGAGAUGAGAUGCUUGAAGGUUGGCAGUGGUCCUUCCCCGCCCAUUCAGCCUCCAGCUGUUCCAAAGCCUGUCCAAUCCACCAUUCCUGUUCCAGGCAGAGGAAAAAUAGCAAAAUUCCUCAAUCCAGAAGAGAUGACAUCAAGGGAUUAUUACUUUGAUUCAUAUGCCCACUUUGGAAUUCAUGAGGAAAUGUUGAAGGAUGAGGUGCGCACAUUAACGUACAGGAACUCCAUGUAUCAUAAUAAACAUGUUUUUAAGGAUAAGAUUGUAUUGGAUGUUGGAAGUGGCACAGGGAUCCUUUCAAUGUUUGCAGCAAAGGCAGGAGCCAAGAAAGUUUAUGGGAUUGAAUGUUCCAGUAUAUCUGACUACUCGGAAAAAAUUGUCAAGGCAAAUCACUUGGACCACAUAAUCACAAUAUUUAAGGGUAAAGUAGAAGAAGUUGAAUUGCCUGUGGACAAAGUAGACAUCAUCGUCAGUGAAUGGAUGGGUUACUCACUUUUCUAUGAGUCCAUGCUUAACACUGUCAUCUUCGCUAGAGACAAGUGGCUGAAACCUGGGGGGCUUAUGUUUCCAGACCGGGCUGCAUUGUAUGUGGUAGCAAUUGAAGAUAGGCAGUACAAAGACUUCAAAAUCCACUGGUGGGAGAAUGUAUAUGGCUUUGAUAUGACCUGUAUCAGGGAUGUUGCCAUGAAGGAACCCUUGGUGGACAUUGUAGACCCAAAGCAGGUGGUGACCAAUGCCUGUUUAAUAAAGGAAGUGGAUAUUUAUACAGUGAAGACUGAGGACCUGGUGUUUACCUCUGCCUUUUGCCUCCAAAUUCAGCGCAAUGACUACAUUCACGCCUUGGUUACUUACUUUAAUAUAGAAUUUACAAAGUGCCACAAGAAAAUAGGGUUUUCUACAGCACCAGAUGCCCCUUACACCCACUGGAAGCAAACCGUCUUCUACCUGGAAGACUACCUAACUGUAAGAAGGGGUGAAGAACUCUAUGGAAGCAUAUCCAUAAAGCCAAAUGAAAAAAAUGUGCGGCGUAUCUGUUUGACAGGAGGCAGAGGAUAUGGGUGCAAAAUUUAUACCUUGGGGACUCAAACAAGGAGCAGUGAGAUAUCCUCAACUUCACUGGACUCACAAAUACAACUUCCUACAGAGUACAAACACCGAAGCCAUAAAACUGAUUUUCUCAAAGGAGCUGUAGUAAAGUAUUGCUCCAAACCAAAUGCCAUUUUAUAUAAAGGGCAGCAAAUAGGAUAACAAUUAUUACAUUUAUCUGAUUGAAUAAAUGUCUUAUCAUUUAGAAUAAACAUUUAUUCCUUCUUUGAAAAACUGUUUAACUUUGGUAGAAGAGAAAGUGGAUUAACUUCCAUAUUAAUCCCAUAAGCAUUCAGGGUGCUUCAAACAGAGUUUACCCAAGAGUUAGGGGCUGAAGUCUGGAGUUGUUUUCGAAAGUGUUGGGGAGCAGGGGGAGCAGGCGAGAACCAUUCACACAUACCAACUUCAGCCAGUGCAAAGCAAGUAUAACAUGAGCAAAGGUUUGUAUAGAAAGCAAUCCUGUUUCUGCCUUUAAAAAAGGUGCAGAGGUGCCUUGAGGGACAGCUAAUAGGAAUUCCAUGAAAGAAUUCUGCACCAUCUCCAGAACAGAAACAUUAGUCUACCCCAAUACUUCUGUACCUUAUGUUAGUUGUGAGAUAAUAUUUGUUUGAUGGUGUAUCUUAGUAUGUACUGUUCAUUGUGUGAUUUGCUCAGCUGCUUUUAUAUUAAGUUACGUUCCCACGCUAUGUUAUUUAUAGAUCAUGGGGGUGUAAAUAUUUUCAUAACUCUGCAUAAAUUGUUCCUGCUAAGUACUUUAAGGAUGGAAGUGGGGGAGCACAAGCUGAGUCAUAUGCUGAAGACCCCCAGAUAUGUUUCCCUGUAUUCAGAAAAGGGCUAGGGUUUUGUUUUUUGUCUUUUUUUAUUGGCUAAGCCACCUACUGAAUUUCAGAAAGGAGGAAGCUUUGAAGCAGAACGUUCCAAGUGCUAAGAUAUACCGGUAGUCCUAUGCCACAAAAAAAUUAUUCUUAAUCUGCA